AUGGCUCCCGUCAAGGUUGGCAUCAACGGUUUCGGCCGCAUCGGUCGCAUCGUCUUCCGCAACGCCGUUGAGCACCAGGACAUCGAGGUCGUCGCUGUCAACGACCCCUUCAUUGAGACUCACUACGCUGCGUACAUGCUCAAGUAUGACUCGUCUCACGGCGUCUUCAAGGGCGACAUCGCCCAGGAUGGCAACGACCUGAGCGUCAACGGCAAGAAGGUCAAGUUCUACACCGAGCGUGACCCUGCUGCCAUCCCCUGGAAGGACACUGGCGCCGAGUACAUCAUUGAGUCCACCGGUGUCUUCACCACCACCGACAAGGCUGCUGCUCACUUGAAGGGCGGUGCCAAGAAGGUCAUCAUCUCCGCCCCUUCGGCUGAUGCUCCCAUGUACGUGAUGGGUGUCAACGAGAAGACCUACGACGGCAAGGCCGAUGUCAUCUCCAACGCCUCUUGCACCACCAACUGCUUGGCCCCUCUCGCCAAGGUCAUCCACGACAAGUUUGGCAUCGUCGAGGGUCUCAUGACCACCGUCCACUCCUAUACCGCCACUCAGAAGACCGUCGACGGUCCCUCCUCCAAGGACUGGCGUGGUGGCCGUGGUGCUGCUCAGAACAUCAUCCCCAGCAGCACUGGUGCCGCCAAGGCUGUCGGCAAGGUCAUCCCCGACCUCAACGGCAAGCUCACCGGCAUGUCUAUGCGUGUGCCCACCGCCAACGUCUCCGUUGUCGACUUGACUGUCCGCCUCGAGAAGGGCGCCAGCUACGACCAGAUCAAGGCCGCUCUCAAGGAGGCUUCCGAGGGCCACCUCAAGGGCAUCCUCGCCUACACCGAGGACGAUGUUGUCUCCAGCGACAUGAACGGCAACACUGCCUCCUCCAUCGUCGACGCCAAGGCCGGUAUCUCCCUUAACGACAACUUCGUCAAGCUCGUCUCCUGGUACGACAACGAGUGGGGCUACUCCCGCCGUGUCCUCGACCUUGUCUCCCACGUUGCCAAGGUCGACGCUGGCAAAUAA